AUGAAUCCCUCAAACUUACAUCGCACAGAUACGAUUCACAUGGUUCGCGCUGCCAUCAAGUCGUCUGGACCGUCGAAUACAAUGCCAGCCUCGUCGACAUCUUCGAAAGAGUCUGCUACUCGUGCUGCAGAGUCGCAAGGUGUACCUGCUGGUUUCUCCGCUGGUCAGCAAUUUAUGAACAACCCUCUCUCGGCGUUGAAUCGAGCUGAUUAUGCUGGUCCCCAUAUGGCCAGUUUGCUGAAUGAAGCAGGCGGCAUGUUUGGCAACUUUGGUGGGAUGAACCCGCGUGAUCCUAAUGUUAUGAUGGGAAUGAUGCAGAACCCAGAGUUCCUUCAACAUAUGCGAGACAUGCUUUCGCGGCCUGAGGUGAUUGAUCAAAUUAUCGCAAGCAACCCUCAAAUGCAGGCCAUGGGUCCGCAAGUACGGGAAAUGAUGCGUUCAGAGUACUUCCGUGACAUGAUCACAAAUCCCGAGACGAUUCAACGCAUGACGCAGCUAUCACAGAUUCUUGGCGGUGGCGGCGGCGCUGGUUUAGGCGGUGCUGCGCCUACGUGGCCGCCGCCUGGUGCGUUUGGAGCACCAACGAGUCAACCGAGUGCUGGUACUGAUCAAAAUUCUUCGACAUCUACAACAGCGACAAAUGCCGCCAAUGCUGGAAAUCCUUUAGCAAGUCUAGCCCAACUUCAACAAAUGCUAGGUGGCGUCGGAGGUGCAGGCACAGAUCCUGCAUCAAUGAACCCGCUUGCUGCGUUGGCAAGUCUUGGUGGUGCAGGUACACAGGCGCCGACUGACUCGCGACCACCGGAAGAACGAUACGCGACACAACUUGAGCAACUACAGAACAUGGGCUUUUUCGACGCACGCGCAAAUUUGCGAGCUCUUCUCAUGAGUGGUGGGAGUGUAGAAGCUGCCCUUUCGAUUCUGUUGGAUUGA